AUGCCCGUAUUCUACAGAGAGACGGUCAUUGACCCAGAAAAUUCACAAAAAUCGCCUUAUAAACAACAACAACAAUCUUUUUACCAAUCUAAUGGACAACAACAUCCAUAUCAACAAAGUAAAACUUCCUAUACUUAUCCCGGAAGUGAUAGAAGUAGUGGAAUUUAUAAAGGAAAUGGAAGCAGCAGUGCUAACACAACUACAACAGCUACAGACUUCCCCGCCAAUUUUCCAAAAAUUCCUCCUCCAAAGGGGGUUAUAGAUGAUAAACAAUUGGAAAGGAUGGCUGAACAAUUGAUGAAGGGGCAACAACCAACAUGGGAUGGGCAACAAUAUUCUCCUCCCGGUUGGACUCGGCACAGUCAGCAAAGCUAUACAAUUGAAACUGUGGUUGAACACGAGCCUGAAACUAGACCUAUAUAUGUUGGAAAACAUUACGAGUCUGUACCUUCAAAGACAGGAAUACCACCACAAACACAUCUAAAACAUCAAUAUUCUCCUUCCCAACACGUGCCUACAAAGACCACCAAACAGCCGCCACCUCCUCCUUCAAGUCAAAAUUAUAGGCAGCCUCAACCUCAAGAAAAGUAUAAUUAUGAACCAACAGAACAGCAAUACUAUAGCAAAACAGUUCAACAAAAACAACAAAUACCGCCAGUAGAACAACAAAAACAAUUCCCUCCCCAACAACAACAACAAAAAUAUUUCCCUCAACAACAAGUCCCUCAACAACAAUACCCUCAACAACAAAAGCCUUCUGGAACGAUUAAAGAAACAACACAAGAGAAAAAGAGUACUAGUGUUGUUGAUUCUACCAACUUUCCUUCACAACAAUAUACCAAAACAUUAACAGAAUAUAAAACAAAUGGUUAUGAUUCUUCGAAAAGAGAAGGUGGUGGAGGAGGAGGUUUGCAACAAACACAAAAACAGCACAUGCAAGAGCCAAGACAAGAAGAAUGGCAACAACAAAAAAUAAUAAACACAACACAACAACCACUCCAAAACAAACUGGAAUCACAACAAAAGCAAUGGGAAUCAAUACAAUCACCCCAUGAAAAAUGGAAAUGGAGUCAAACACAACAAUGGAACUCACAACAACAACCACAACAAACUCAACAAUGGGAACAACAAACGCUUCAGUGGCAACAAGCUCAGCAACCACAAGAACAAUGGGGGCAAUCACAACAACAAUGGCAACAGACUCAGCAACAAACUAAGGAGAAAGAAGGACAGCAAUCUCAACAAUGGCAACAACAACAACAAACACAAAAAUACACCACUCAACAGCAACAAAAUUUGAUAAAACAACAAACACAACAACAACAAUCACAACAAUAUUCACCUCAAAAAACGCAAAAUGAACCUAAGCAGCAAACAACUGAAACAACUGUACAGGCACAACAACCACAAAAUCUGUCGGGAACAUCAAAGGUUGAACAAAAGGAGAGAGAACAAAAGAUUGAACAAGAAGUAGGCGAUGAAUAUGAUGGUCCACCUCCAGAUCUUCAAUUAGCACAAGCUGAUCCGGACAAACUAUAUGAGAAGCAACAUGAAGUAUAUCAAAAUGGGUGGCAACAAGAAGAGGUAAAUUAAUAAAUACAAAAUGAAAACACAAAAAAUACAAAAAAACACAAAAUACACAAAUUUAAAGGACUACAAUCAACAACCUUACCGC